AACUCUCUCUCUCUCUCUCUCCUUCGUUCUCUCUCUCUCUCUCUCUCUCUCUCUCCUGAAGUCCGUUCUGUUCCUCUGACCCGUCUGACCCAUCACCCAUUACAGACCCCCUGCAACCUUCUCUCUUUUUCUUUCUCCUCACUAAUUUUUCUUCUCAUAAUUGAUCACUCUAAACAAUGCCACAACAUACCUUCUUCACAAAUUAAUCGAAACAAUUGCUGCCCACAACCUUCAAUCACCGUUACAGAGCCUUUUUUUCCUUCUAUUAAUUUCAUGUCAUUUUGUCUUUGAUCUUCUUCUACCUUCAGCUCACACCAAGCUUUUUCACUUCCUGGACUCCAUUUCGAUGCAGGUUUGCGUUGUUCAGAAUUAGUUUUUCUUCAAGAUGAGCCGACCCACUACACGUAGUAAGAACAAAAGGCAUAAACAGGAGGACAAUGCUGAUAUCAGUUCUGAUUUAUUGAGGAAAAUUCACUCAUCUGGGGCAAUAACCAAAGAUGACAUCAAUCAGCUCUAUAUGAUCUGGAAGCCAAAUUGUCAAGGAUGCCGGCUGAAUACUAAGGAUAACCCAAAUUGUUUCUGUGGGCUGAUUCCACCGCCUACGGGGAGCAGGAAGGUUGGCUUAUGGCAGAAGAUUUCAGAAAUCGUGCAAGCUCUUGGUUCAGAUCCUUCCAAGGAUCAACGUACUUCUCCUGAUUUUCCCGCUGGUCUUACAAAUCUUGGUGCAACUUGCUAUGCCAAUAGCAUCCUCCAGUGUCUGUACAUGAACAAGUGCUUCAGGGAAGGCAUAUUUUCUGUGGAGUCAGAUGUUCUGAAACAAAAUCCAGUUCUAGAUCAGCUUGUACGACUCUUUGCUCUCCUCCAUGCCAGUAAAAUGGCUUAUGUGGAUUCAUUUCCUUUUAUAAAAACACUGGAGUUAGAUAAUGGAGUCCAGCAGGAUAGUCAUGAGUUCCUGACUUUGCUUCUUUCUCUGCUGGAGCAUUGCUUGAGUCACUCAAAAGUUUCUAAAGCGAAAACUAUUGUUCAAGAUCUUUUCCGUGGAAGUGUGUCUCAUGUAACGACGUGCUCACAGUGCGGAAAAGAUUCCGAUGCCUCUUCCAAAAUGGAGGACUUCUAUGAAUUGGAGUUGAAUGUUCUGGGCUUGAAAAGUUUGGAUGAAAGUUUAAAUGAUUAUCUUAGUGUGGAAGAGCUUCAUGGUGAUAAUCAAUACUUUUGCGAGUCAUGUAAAUCUAGAGUUAAUGCCACUCGCAGCAUCAAGCUACGUACAUUGCCCCCUGUUCUAAAUUUUCAGCUUAAGCGAUGUGUUUUUCUUCCAAAGACUACAACCAAGAAGAAAAUCACAUCUGCACUUUCUUUUCCUGGAGUGUUGGAUAUGCGGGAGAGAUUAGCUGAGUCUUCGCAGUCUGAAUCAAUAUAUGACUUGUCAGCAGUUCUGAUUCAUAAAGGUACUGCUGUCAACAGUGGGCAUUACAUAGCUCAUAUCAAAGAUGAAAAUACAGGGCAGUGGUGGGAAUUUGAUGAUGAACAUGUCUCAAAAUUAGGUCACCAUCCGUUUGCAGAAAAAUCAUCAAAUACUUAUUCUAAAUCUGUUAAAACUGAGUUAGCUGUUCCAUUGGGUUCCAAGGAAGAAGUAAAUGCAACUGCAGAAGCUAAUCCAACGAAUGGGGUUCUUCAGCAAUCAACAGAGUCUGGUGUCCGUUGUCCCACUGACGUCUUUUCAUCUAAUGAUGCCUAUAUGCUGAUGUAUAAUUUAAGGUGCACAGGAAAGGCCGCAAAUAGAGUUACUAGCUGUAUCGUUAAUGGUAAAGAAGUAGAAAGCAACAUGGUUCCUUUCCAGGACGGCCUGUUUCUUCCAUUGCAUCUGUGUGAUGAGAUAAGUAGUUUAAAUGAAUCGCAUGUUAUAGCUUGCCAAGAAUAUGAAUCAAAGAAGGAAGUUGAACUGGGUUGUAUCAAUAAUCGGAGGCAGGAGGUCCGAUCAAUUUUGUCUGAAGCCCCUGUUCACUCACUUGAGGAACCCUUUUGUUGGAUUUCCACUGACUGGCUUCGCCAAUGGGCUGAUAAGGUCUCCCCACCCAUUCUUGAUAAUUCACAAAUACAGUGUUUGCACGGAAAAGUUCCAAUAUCAAAGGUAACCAGCAUAAAGAGACUGUCAAUGAAGGCUUGGGAUAAGCUAUCCUCCAAGUAUGGUGGGGGCCCAAAACUGACAAAUGAAGAUAUCUGUAUGGACUGCCUUAUCGCUGGUGCUCGAAAUGUAGUUUGUGCUGACAGCUACAGGGACCGGAGAAUAUCAAUGAAAGAAAUUGCGUUAAGUGCACUUUCGGGAAAUUAUCCAAAUGGAGCAUAUGUUGUUUCUAGGACAUGGUUGCAACAGUGGGUUAAAAGGAAAAUUCUUGAUGCUCCUUCUGAAGCCGAUGCUGAACCAACAGCCUCAAUCAAGUGUUCUCAUGGACAACUUUUGCCAGAGCAAGCUGCCGGUGCUAAGCGAGUGCUGAUUCCAGAAGAUCUCUGGCUUUUCAUUUAUGAAGAUGCUUUUACUGUAAAACCUGAUGAUCCUACAGGGGUUCCAACUUUUCCCUCUGAUUCAAGACAAUGCUCUCUGUGCAGUGAGGAAUUGUCUGAAGUGGCAGUUAUGGAAGAUUCUAUAAGAGGAGUGAAGCUUAAACAGCGACAAAAUCACGAAAGAUUAGCCGUUGGAAAAUUCAUUCCACUUUCUUUGAAUUGCAAGUAUUAUUUGGUGCCUACAUCAUGGCUUUCAAAGUGGAGAAACUACAUCAAUGCAAGUGGAAAGAGUGCUUCAUUUGUAGAGAAGCCUGAAAAUUUGGAUGGUGUGAUCAAUCUUCUGAGGUGUGAAAAGCAUUCCCGCCUCCUUGAAAGACCUCCUGACCUGAUCUGCAAACGUGGUACGGUGCAGCAGAAGUCUGCUGCAGAUGUUUUAACAAUCAUUUCAGAGAACGACUGGAAAUUUUUCUGUGAAGAGUGGGAAGGUAGUGAGGCAUGUGGCAUCUCUGCUUUGGUUGAGUCAAGUAGUUGUGUAGGGAAUGAUAUGGAUGGAUCCUCCAAAGAGAAGACAAUGGCUGAAGAGGAUCUCUGUUCCAAUGAUGAUGUUAACAAUGGGGACUUCAAACAAAUUCUACUAAAGACUGAUCCUGAGAUAUGUGAAGAAUGUAUAGGAGAACGAGAAAGCUGUGAGCUAAUGCAGAAACUAAACUAUACCGGCGAGGAUAUUUGUGUAUAUUUUUCCCGUGGGAAGGAUGCUCCAAAAUCAAUUUUGGAAGCUCCUGAGUCCACUGUUGAUCCAGAUCGUCGUAUCUCAAAGCGUGCAAGGAAGACAAAUUCAGGGAAUUUUGUGAAUCUUAAAGUUUCUGGUUCGACAUCAGUGUACCAGUUAAAAAUGAUGAUAUGGGAAUGUUUUGGGGUUGUGAAGGAAAACCAGAUACUUCGCAAAGGUAAUAGGAUAAUUGAUGGAGAAACUGAUACUUUGGCAGACAAGAAUAUAUUUCCUGGAGACAAACUAUGGGUAAUGGAUUCUGAAAUUCAUGAACAUCGAGAUAUUGCUGACGAGCUUUCCGAUCCCAAAAUGAAUAUCCAACAUACUGAGGAAGGGUUUCGUGGAACGCUUUUGGCUGCUAAUGUUUCAUCUGAAGUUGUUUAAGAAGCAUUGAAACAUGAGGCGCUCCUGCUGCCUGUAUUUACAAAAUUUUGUAGAUCUUCAUAAUGAGGGGAAAAACUAUUGCACCAUGCUCAGCAUUUUGUUAACCAGCUUGUGAAAUGAAUAGAAGAACUGUGUUUUCUGUAAUCAGAGAAGGGAGCCAUAAAAUGUUGGACUGUGGGAUAAAUUGCUUUUGGGCUUCGCUUGGACGAUGCUACAGAAGACAGAACGAAAAAUUACGCUGCAGGUUUUGAUUGAGCCCCAACCACAGAGCUCGUCAUUAGUUUUUCCUUCACAUACAUUGGCUGUAUAUCAUGUUUAAAAUAUCAAGGACAUUUGAAUUUGCUGAUUGCUCCUUUACAUUGUGUAUAAAAUGUUUCAGUAGUCAUGACUAAUGAUGCAUACUACAGUGUACAAGUCUCUUUUUCUUCUGCUAGAUUUCAGGAGAUAAUAAGAUAAGAACUGAACUUGAUUGUUAGUACCA